AUGGUCGAAUACGAGAAUACAUUUCACUACAAUUUUUUCGCCUUCUACAUAUUCUUCGGCUGUAUUCUUUUGGUGUUGAAUUUGCAAACGAUGCUGGUUAUUCGAAGAUCGAAGUGUCUGUGGGCUCAUUCCGCUUAUCGUCUCAUCUUCUUUAGUUCCGCCGCUGAUGCUGUGAAUUGUGGAGUUCAAGUCGCUGCAGUGGCCAUCACUCUCCGCACUCCUGUCAUUCAUCCAACUUUAAAUUCGUUAUUGGGCGCACUUUCGGUAACGUCUUAUGCUAUGGAGUAUCCAACUAUUUUCGUCCUUGCCUUCAAUCGGUUCAUCGCUGUGGUUUUCCCAAAAAAGAUGGAUCUUAUAUUUGACAAAAAGAAGACAAUGAUAAUAUUAGUUUUGUGCUGCCUUUUUGGUGCUUUUACUGGCGCUCUCUGUCUUUCUGGAGAAAUUCGAUCGAUGUGGGACCCCUAUAAUUUAAAAUUCUAUUUCACAAAGACAACUCAUCAGAUCUGUGGGCGUCGAGCUACCGCUCCUGUUGCACUCUUUCCAGAUAUUCACCCUGUCGGGAAUCUUGCUUUAUUUAUGGUUCUAUCCCGCUUCUGA